GGUACUCCCGAUGAAUACGAUGACGGCUUCACCGCCAGUUCCUCCACCAAGAUACCAGAUGUAGUGGUGUUCUCAGACUCGAGGCAGAAGCCUUCAGAACAGUUCUCGAAAGCUCAGAAAAAAGCUUUCAUGGCAAGUCUCAUGUAUUGCUACCUUCGUGUACUGAUACAGGAGUGAACAGUCUUCAAAGGUAGCUAAAGUUACAUCUUCAAUGGAAGUCGAUAGGGUCCCACAUCGAGACGAGGAUGACACACAAAAUGAUGAGGAUAUCUCGAAUGCCCAGAACGACGCUCUCCUCCAUCGUUUAGUCCACACAAAAUUGUUGUCUGGGUCUUUGAACCCUGCACUCGACUUGACCCAUGCACAACGGGAUAAAGCACUGUCCGGUCGUGUCUUAGAAAUUGCAGGGAAAGCCAAGCUCGGCAAGGGAGAAGUUGACAUUCGCGCUGCAGAACGAAAUAAGGCUUCCAAGCGAGUGCGAGAAGGACUACUAAAGAAGAAGGAUGAGCGAGAAAAGCAACAGCUGGAGGAGGCCAAAAAUUUGGGAAAUUAUCACCCCACUCUUAAAAAAUUGUUUGAUACAUCAUCUGGGUCCUCAGGCCGUCAAAGACGAGUUAGGGGUCUCGGAAUGGGAGUGGGCAAGUUUAGUGGGGGGACGCUGAAGCUUAGUAAAGAGGAAAUAAAUUCGGUGACCGGUCGUGGGGUACAUGGCGCAGCCAGGCACGGGCACAAUACAAGUCGUAGUCGUAGAUGAUGUCUCAUAGCAUUACGAUAAUUACCCAUCAUUGCGCAACAGACGUGCUUUUUCAUGAAAUUCUCAAAUUUGGAGGGAUUGCAUCCCAUCAGCGAUCUCCUCGACGGGGUGCAUGUCUGAGGGAUGAGGCCCGUCACGUAGCCGACUGGAAUUGGAAUGCCGGUCAUCCGGAAGAGUC